UAGUACGCCAACCAACACCUGCCUUGAUCGCAGUGAAAUGCGUAGGCAUUGGUUCAGGCUUACGUUGACCCGUUAACAUGAGGUGAGUGUCAUGCUUGAGUGUAAGCCGAAAUCGAAACCAACAUGCAAUAAAACGAAUACUUGCAGCUGGCCCCGAAACUAAGCUGAAUAGAUCCUACUCGACGCCACCAAAUGAACUGAUGGAAGUCCGUUAACCAACUUGGUUCAGUAAGUGCUCAAGUUGGCAAGCGGUGACGGGUAUGUCGAGUUCUUGAGUUGGCCAGCGAUUGAUGCGGCUUCAUAGUGGCCGCCAGCUUCAUGUAUCUACGGGGCGCCGGCGGACUGGUAUCACUGCAGUUGUAUUACGCGCCGGUCGCUGCGGCAACACCUGGAUCUGGACCGCCCUGUUUAUUAGUGGCAGGCUUAACGCCAGGGAGCGUUCUCUGAUAGCUAAUGUCGCUAGAGAGGUAUCCGGUAUUGAGUGGCAGCUGCGCGAGGUUCCAUAUAAGAAGCGCAUGGCAGUUUUGCAGGGAUUGGCAGGCCAUGAACUCGAAGGAUGGAUUACUGAGUCGGUGAUAGAGGCUCUUGAAGCUGAUGGCACAACUGGGGAAAUUACAGAUCCUGUACUUGUGACGGCCAGUCACGCAAAUUACGGACAUUCAGUUGACGAUGUCACAAUGAUAACAAUGCUUGACGAGGCGGUCGAUUUGCACAUUCGAAACCAUGGUUUGAAGCGUCCGGUGGAAACCCAUGAGACCCCAUGGCACGCAGGUCUUGCGUCUGUUGUUGUCAACGCCGAGCUUGAUGGCUUAUAUGUCAGUGAUGGCAUAGGAGAUGUUUCGGAGUGUGUUGAUCGGAGUACGGGGGCAGAGCAAGGAGCUUCACAAAGAUGGGACACAUCAGCGCUGGUGGCAUUUGAUAGCGUCGUGGACGAUGAGCUGCGAGCCGCACUUCUCAAACUUCUAGUGGGCAAUCGUGGUUGGGACCCAGAAGAGGGCCCUGAUAUUGAAAAAUGGGAGCGCGGUACCUUCUCUGACACAGCCAUGCAAUCGGGAAGAAAGCGUGGGGCCGGCUGGGGUCUGCGAAAAAGAGCGUUAAUUGAAUUGUGCGGUGAACCACCGCGCAGGCAAACUCCGCGAGCGAUCGUUGAAUUGCAGUCGAGACUCUGCAAGCUGAUUGCGGAUGCCAAUGCAGGCAAGGGAGAGGUUAUUGUUUGUCGGAUGCCACCUGUCUACGGAGACGAUGUAUUGCCACUUGCUGUAAACGCACCUGUUGCCGAAGAUGGCGAUAUGUAUAGUUGGCACAUAGAUGCCGAUCCCUACGCAUUGCCUUCAUCGUCUUGGACAGACUGCUUUGGCCGCUACCUGAACCGGUGUCCAGGCAGGCCGCGUUUUGUGUCGGCGCUCGUGUACCUCUCGCCCAAGUGGCAUGAGGACUGGGGAGGCCCCACGAGGUUUCUUGACCCUCCGAGUGGAGAGGUUUUGAGCAUCUACCCGAAGCCUGGGCGACUCGUUCUCAUGGAUCAGGACAUAUCCCACAGCGUCACUGCGCCACGGAAAGCUGCUGGCCGGAGACCACGCUACAGUCUGGUGCUCAAGCUCGUGCUGCACGGUGCUGUUAUUCGCUUGGCAGAUCCGUCAUGGGGAGAGCCAGAAAUGAUCGGUUCCGCUCGAGGCCAGUUGCGAGGUUCGAAAAGGCAGUGAGAGUUUUUUGGUUGAUCGGCUUUUGACGCUGGGCGAUGCUGGGACACAUACUUCAGUCACAAUUCGCGCGAGUCGUGGUGAAGCAGAUGUUCGAGGCCCCAGUGUCUUACAUUUCGCCAUCCGUUUGUUCGACAUGUUCAAUGAAUGAUAUCAUGAGGACGCGUAUUGUGCGAAUGAAGCAGACGUGCACCCAGUUUGUGUUAGCCCGGUGCAAGGCGAAAGUUCAAGUAGCAAGGACAACGUUUUAGGUUAAAUGCCAAAGUUCUAGCUAAAUCCACAGCAACAGUUGAAGCUACCAGUCAGCCGCAUAUCUUGGAUACGUCUUAGCUAUCGCCCUCGAAGCCCGCGAAUCCCGCCUGGAAGCCUCGGCUGGAAGCCGCGGCGGGCGACUCUCGCAGGCACGCCCCGGAGGCUUUCCCGCUCGCCUCGGAGCCCCUGCGUGGCCGCAGCUCCCAGGACCCCCCCGGCGGAUUCCAUCCGUCGUUCGGAGAUCCUCCGAACGUUUGUGCGCGCCUGCUCGUCGGGAUGCCGGGCGAUUGCCUGGCGCGCUCAGUGCACAGAGUUUCCCUUGCGCACGCGGGCAAAAUGACGUGCAUGAUGUUAUUUGUUGACUCGGCAGUGGGUUUGCCCUUGAUCGCGGAAACGGGC